GUGUUGUCAAAUUCGAGUUUUAAGUCAGAGCCCAGCCCAAGAAAGAUGAGACCGUAACGUAGUUGGGUUGUUGUGGUGUCGAGUUCGAGUCUCACCUUAGUGUUGCCAUUCGAAUCUUCCGGUUGUGAAUCUCAGGCUCAGGCAUAUUCUGACCAGAAUUUCCGCGUUACCUGUGAAAGUCUAAAUUCUAUUACCCUGUCCGAUAUAAUAGUAUUAAAAAUCUUAUAUGGGAAAGAUGAGAACAGCCGACCAUUAGUAAUCACCGGAGCUCACUUCACUGGUCAGCUCACUCACAUCACCACCGGUUUUUUUGAGUUAUCCCAUGGAUCUUAAUACAUAACAAGAGCAACUAAUUUUAGAAUUUCGAUUUCAGAAUUGUAAUAACCGGAGCUCACUUCACUGGUUGGCAAGGCAAGUGGAUCAUCGCUCAUCAGGGAGUUUAGAGAAUGAUAGAAGAAGAAGAAGAAGAAGACCCGUUGCUGAACUACCAGCAAGAAGAACUAGGAAGUGGGUAUCUGGUUGCUCGAACGUGGCUGGAGUCGAAGAAGAUAUGGCAAAUAGCUGGGCCCUCCAUCUUCAGCCGCCUUGCCAUGUUCUCCGUCACUAUUGUUACCCAAUCUUUCGCCGGCCACUUCAGUGACGUGGAUCUCGCGGCCAUCUCCAUCGUUACCACCGUCAUCGUCGGCAUCACAUUCGGAUUCCUGUUAGGCAUGGCGAGCGCGCUCGAGACUCUUUGUGGGCAGGCUUAUGGAGCGAAAAAGUACCAUAUGAUGGGAAUUUACGUGCAACGUUCUUGGAUUGUACUCUUUAUAAGCUCGGUAUUACUAGUGCCCAUGUUUUUAUUUCCAACUCCGAUCUUGAAGCUCAUCGGACAGACCGAGGCGGUGGCGGAGAAGACUGGUGUGGUGGCUAAAUGGCUUAUUCCGUUUCACUUGAGCUUUCCAUUUCAGUUUUCGUUGCAGAGAUUCUUGCAGAGCCAGCUCAAGACGGCUCCGAUUGCUUGGGUUUCCGGCGGCGUUAUAGGACUUCAUGUUAUUUUAAGUUGGGUUUUUGUGUAUAAGCUGAGGAUUGGUCUUGUUGGCGCUGCUUUGACUAUUGACUUUGCCUGGUGGCUCUCGGUCUUCGGAAUGCUUGGAUACACUGUUUAUGGAGGUUGCCCUGAAACAUGGACUGGUUUAUCAAGUCAAGCUUUUGUUGGGCUAUGGGACUUUUUUAAGCUCUCUUUGGCUUCUGGGGUCAUGCUCUCGUUGGAGAAUUUCUAUUACAGGAUGUUGGUCAUUGUAUCUGGUUAUUUCCAAAACACUCACAUUGCAGUCGAUGCCCUUUCAAUCUGUGUAACAAUCUACGGUUGGGAAUCUAUGAUUCCUCUUGGAUUUUUGGCUGCAACAGGGAGAAACCUACACAAGUUCAAUGCAACAUCGCUUCCUUUUGGCUUUCUUUCAUGGGGAAACAGCUUUCAAAUUCAGCUCAACACUGUCCUCAUUUGGGUGCGGGUAGCAAAUGAGCUUGGUGCAGGAAAUGCAAAAGGGGCAAAGUUUGCAACCAUGGUUUCAGUAUUUACUUCCAUAUGCGUGGGACUUGGGUUUUGCUUAAUAGUCGUGGUAUUCCACAAGAAGCUGGCCAUGAUCUUUACAUCGAGUUUUCCUGUUAUUAAAAUGGUUAAUGAGUUAGCAAUCAUGUUGGUCUUCUCCAUUCUCCUUAAUUGUAUUCAGCCAGUUCUCUCAGGGGUUGCAGUGGGAUCUGGCUGGCAAUCAAAAGCUGCUUUUGUAAACAUGGGUAGUUACUAUCUUGUAGGGGUACCACUUGGUGUAUUUUUGGGAUGGUAUCUGUCGUUUGGUAUUAUGGGAAUAUGGGCCGGAAUGAUUGGUGGAACCGUUGUUCAAACCUUAUUUCUCAUAAUCAUCACUAUGAGAUGCGAAUGGGAAAAAGAGGCGCAGAAAGCUCGGAGGAAUAUAAUCAAGGAAGCACCAAAAUCUGUCACAUUUACAGGAGUUCAAAAUCAAGGAACCAGGAAUUGGAGUUCAGAAAAACGCUGCCGGAGUACAUUAAUAUAUUUCAUAUACAUUUAAACAAAAUCUGUCUCAUUGUCAUCAAAAUCCAUUCAGAUGAUUUACUCCCUUGAGAAUACUUCUAUCAGCUACUAUCAAAUUGUUUCGGAUUGUUGCCUAGCCUGCUCGCCCCUCAGAAGUAAUGAAAUACUUUUGACUUAACUGUUGGAAUCUGGUCUUUUAAGGUAGUGUUCUAGUUUGGAUCUUUCCUA